UUUUAAGCAAUUAGCAGUUUUAAUUAAGUGUUUUGUUAUUUUCAAAGCAUAUUUUACACAUGACAAAUGAAUUUGUAGUUAUAAUCAAAAUUUUUCAUAGCAGCUCAAGAUGACUGAGGACAUAAAAGUUACGUUCAUCAUUCCAAGAAACUGCCGAAGUGAAAAUGAAUGUUCUGAAGAAAUGCAGCUCGCAUUUACCGCCUGUGAGCAGCAUAGCGGAGGUGGACUCAAAGCCCAAUUUGUGCACGAGAGCAACUACACCAAGUUUGAUGGCCUCACUAAGAAGGACGUGUUUGUUUUGAAUGAAUUUGACGGAGAGCUGUAUGAGAAACUGAAGACCACCAAGUGUUUACUGGUCGGACCUCGUUGCUUGUCAUGUUGUCUGACGGAAGGCGUGCCGAUACCGUCUGGGCCCGAACCAGUUUUCACAGUGGCUAUGAGAGGCCUUGUAGUUACAGCGAGCGGCUUGUCUAAACAACAAAAAGAAACAAUAAAAAAGAAAGUCCACUGGAUGGGAGGCAUAUACAGCGUGGUGCUUACAGACGAGACGACACAUCUCGUCUCCAAUACUGUAUUGUCUGAUAAAUACAUUAAAUCGGUCGAAAAAGGCAUUCCGGUAAUGGCUGAGUCGUGGAUUCAUGCGGUCUGGGAAGCCUCUCUAAGUCUCAAUGUUAGAGGUUCAUCGUCAGACUUCGACGACCACAAACUGCCACCAUUUGCCAAUUUACAAGUCACCACCUCAGGCAUAACGAAGAAGGACAAGCAGAUGAUAAUGAAACUGGUGAACGAGUACGGUGGAACGUUCUCCGGUGCUUUCCAGAGUGAGACCACGGAUAUUGUUAUAUUGACAAAAGAAGGCAUAGGCAGCGAGAAAUACAAAGCGGCCAUAGAGUACGGCAAAGCGUGCGUGGUUCCCGCCUGGGUGAAGGAGUCGGCGGCGAGCGGCGCGGCGCUGCCGCUAUCGCGGUACCGCGUGGCGGGCGCCUCCACCUCGUCCCCGCUGGCGGAGCACCGGCUGCCCGAUAUGAGCCUGAACUUCUCUAGGAUAACGAAUUUGAGACCGCCAAGUAAUUUCGUGGACGAAACCAGGGCGGCGGACAUGUCAACUCUAUCUGGGAAGAUGAAGUUGUCACAAGAUUCCAAGAAAUCCAACGAUUCGUCCGUCAUCGAUAAAGAAUUGCAGACUGCUUUUGAGAAUUUCGACAUGAGUUUAAUCAAGAAGGCUGGACCUAUAUUCGAUGGAUUCUGUAUCUGGGUGACAGGACUCGAAGGCGUGAGUCGCGAACGCGCCGCAGCAAUGGUCUCUAAAUGUGGGGGAGUCAGAUACGAUUGUCCCCACGAAAGGGUCACCCAUGCCGUAGCGGGGACUAAGGGAGCCGCUGCUAGUGUAGGGCUAGCGUGCCCUAAUGUACCUAUACUGUCGCCUAUGUGGCUGUUGAAAAGUGUAAUCGAAGGGCGAGCAUUGGAUGAGGCAGAGUUCCUUAUAGACGCAAAGCCGGCCACGCCCGUGAAGUCUACACGUAAGCCGCGCAUCGAACCCGCGUCCCCGAUGAGCAAACGCAACAUACAACUGCUGCGCCGCGGGCCGCUGGACCUGCCGCCGCCCACUCCCGAGCGGCCGGAACGGAACGAUGAGAUCGUCAACCAUUAUCUUAGUCAAGUAGUGGAACCAGAACCAGCGAGUGAGAAAACUCCAGAGAAACCGGAACCGAAUGUGACCUUACCCCUACCACAGGACAUCACUGAUGACGUAGAAGAGCCUACCGAAGAAGUGGAACAGAUAUUUGCAGGCAUGAAAUUGGAAGUGCAAGGCUUAGACGAGGAGGCGAUAUGUGAGAUCGGCGCGGAGGUAGCGGCGGCCGGCGGCGUAUUGCUGGCGGGCGGGGCGCCCGGGGCGCGCCGCCUGGUGCCCCUCGAUUUUGACCCGGACCCGGCAGGGGGCGCUGAAGCCGUCACUGUCUUUUGGAUCAAAGACUGUCUCUCGCAACAAGAGCUACUCCCCAUACAAUACUACCACCGGCCCGUGAAGUUGCCUCAAUGGAGCCCCGGCGCUCCGUUGCCGCUAGAGGGCGUUGUUGCUAGUUUGAGCACUUAUAGCGGAGUUGAGAGGGCGUUUUUGGACGAAUUGGCCAAAUUGCUGGGUGCCACUACCCAACUCCGUUUCUGCCGACGCAACACGGCCACCGCCCAGGCUUCCACCCACUUGAUAUGUCCCACGCCUAGCGGGGACAAAUACCAGGGUGCCUUGAAGUGGGGGUUGCCCGCCGUCACCGCUGAUUGGCUGAUGCAAUGCGCGAAAGAGGGGAGAAGAGUGAGCGAGAGAAACUACUUAGUGGGAGACACUAAAGCGCCACCUUCUCCCGAGAAACCUUCGGAGGAGCCGAUGGUGGAACAAGCACACGAACAAACGAACGUGACGACAGACAAAGAGAACGCCAUGUUGCCGCCAGAGGGCGCUGUUCUGCCGCGACGGAGUUCGGCGCCGAGCAGAGAGCAAACUCCUAAACAUAAAGCUACAGCCGUAGACGAUAUGUCCCCAGCGUCUCGGUAUAUCGCGAUGGCCCGCCAAGGACUGCUUGGCGGCGAUUCCCAGGAGACUCCCAAGAGAAUACAGGAUUUGAAGGAUGACGCAAGACAGGAUGUCGAAUGCGGAGUCCGGACGCCGCCUUUGGACGAUGCCCUAUCGACGCCCAAUCUCCGAGGUCUAAGCCCCACCACCAGACGGAGAUUGCAAGCGGUCAGACGUGGGGAAAUGCCUUCAGAUCCUAUACGGACCCCGGCGGAUCCUUUCGACAAGAACCCCGAAACUCCAGACAGCGCUUUCGGAGCCGCGCUAAGACCAGGCUCGGGAAGAUUAUCUCCCGAAGCCCGCAAAAGGCUGUGGAAAGUCGUUCAAGACCUACCUUCUAAGGAGACUCAUCCUAUCAAAGAGAAACAUACGCCGUUGUCCGAGAUCCGCAACCGGUUCCUGGCACAGUUCAAUGGUGACGCGCCCACACCGCCUUCGGACCACACACUGGCCCCAAGGAAAUUACAUUUGCAGGAUCAAGCUGACACGCCGCCAGCUAAAAUUGCAAAGAUUUCGAUAGAUCAAAGCGCCGGAGGCGGAAUAAUAAGCGACAUUGACGAAACAUCUAAAAGCGCUUCGAAUUCCACCAAAUCGAGUUCGUCAAGCGCUUUACCUUUAGUUGUUGACGCUCAACUACAGCGGCUCAGUGCAGCGCUGAGUUCGCGACUGAGCUCACAGCGGGCGAGGCGGACCAGAGACUCUUUGACGCUAGCACCGCCUUCUAACGCAGAGGCGGGCCCGGAAUCUCAGCCCAAUACAGUGGGAUGGGAUGACACCACGCCGGCGCAGAACGCGCAAUGUGAACCCGUCGCUGAGACAGCGCCAGCGCCGGCCGUAAAGCGAUUCAUGCUGUCUUCUAACGUUGAUAACCGCGAAGAAAUAAUCGAAAUGAUCCAAUACCUGGGCGGCGAAGUGUGCGAGGGUGCUGAAUUGGACCCGGCAGCGACUCACCUACUCUGUGCGGCGCCGGGCCGCUCCGAGAAGAUGCUGGGCUCUGUGGCGGCCGGCCGCUGGGUGCUGCACCCGGCUUAUAUACCGAGGAGCAGGGCGUGCGGGAAAUUUGUAUCGGAGGAAGAAUACGAGUGGGGCAACCCUCUAGCUGCCUCCCUCCCCUCGCUGUCGGGCGCGGAGAGCCAGCUGGCGCGCGCGGCGCACCGCUGGCGAUCUGCGCGUGCGCACGGGCGGCCGGGCCCGCUGGCCGGCGUGGCCGCGCUGCUGCACGUGCCGCCGGCCCGGCGCCGGCUGCUGGCCCGGCUCGUGCUGGCCGGCGGCGGCGCUGCGCCUGACUUGCAGCCUCCAUACAACGACGAAUCAAUAACAGUGUGCUUCGCUGACCUGAAACGUUACCCGAUAUCGGAACGGGACGCCGCGUGGCUCAUGUCCCGCAAAAUACCCGUAUGCCCGCCAGUGUUACUUAGUUCGUAUUUAACGGACGAAACACCGCCCGUGCCGGAGGAGCAUUGCUUGCCCGAAUUCAAGCCUAAAUGAUUGUGUGAGCACAAAACGAGCAAUAGAUAUGUUAAUAUUUUGUCUUAGCAAAAGUGCCUAGGUUUCCAAACUAUAUAAUGAGUAUUGCUCGCCUGACUUCAAGCUUCACCCUUAGGAUACUCGUAUGUCGCCUUGUAUUACUUACGGAUGACACACUGCUAGUUCCCGAGGAGCAUUGCGUGCCCGGAUUCAAGCCUAAAUAAAUGAUUAAAUACAAAAGAAGCAAUGUAUAUGUAAAAUUUUGUCUCAGCAAAAGAGUAUGUGUUUUUUAAAUAUGAGUAUUGCUUGCUCUACUUCAUACUUCAUCCUUAGGAUGCUCGUAUGUCCGUAUAACUUGUAUCUCACGGAUGACACACCGCCGGUACCAGCGUAUCAUUGCUCGCCCGACUUCAAGCCUAAAUGAUUUAUUAAUACAAAUGGCGUACAUACAUACAUACAUAAAAUCACGCCUCUUUCCCGGAGGGGUAGGCAGAGACUACCGCUUUCCACUUGCCACGAUCUCUGCAUACUUCCUUCGCUUCAUCCACAUUCAUAACUCUCUUCAUGCAAGCUCGGCGGUUUUGGGUACUUUUGACCUGACCCUUUACCAGGACGUCCUUUACUAGAACAAAUGACGUAAUGUAUACAUAUUUGUGCCUUAACAAUGUUACUGAGAGAGCAUUUACAAACAUCUAUUAUCCAUUCUAGUUUUAUUCAUAGAUUAAUUAUAAGAUACUUACGAGUUCUUAUAUUACUUACUCGUACCUAUGGCUUUGUAAAUCACGAUGACUUUCGUGGCGCAUUGUUUAAAUAAUUCUAUGAUUCGUAUGAAUUAUACAAUAGGUCUUGUAGUAAAAUGGUGCAACCCAUACAAAAGCUUAACUUUAAAGAUGUACCGAAAAAUCUGUUAGUCUAGAUCUACUAGCGAAAAACUAUCGCUGUUUCGCUUUUUAUUAAGACGUGAAACGGGACAGCGAUAGAUAAUCGCGCUAUAAAACUGGUCGACUUUAUUAAUUACUUAUGUCAAUGAAUAUCUAAACAAAUGUAAAUUUUUAUUUAAAGAUUUUUCUAAAGUCUUUGUAAGGUGAUGUGAAGUUUUCUCUCUUGCUGCAAAAUAUAUUGGACAUUGCGUCGUCAUCGAUGUUUUGACUGUAUUAUUUAUUGUAUAUAAGUUAGUUAAAUAUUCAAGGUCGAUUUAAUAAAA